AUGGCGCUCCAACAACAUGAGCCCGCGCCAUUGGCGCCUCAGUCCUCCUUGUCCUUCACUCAAGGGUUCCUCCUCGGCCAGCUCUCCGUAGUACUUCUUAUAGGUGCUUUUAUCAAGUUCUUCAUUUUCGGUGAAGCGCCGCCCCCUCCCUCCCGGGGAAUGUCAAACCGCACCACCCACCGCCGCUACAGCUCCGUCUACAACCCCCCUCAAGACGGCCAGAAAUCAUUACGAGAAAAACCGUCCACAUCCAACGUUCUUCGUCCCGUACCUGCUAGUUCCACGAACACCCGUUCCAUCCUCCGCAAAACAUACUACAGUGCUAUUCCUACCAACCCCACUAGCAAACACGGCCGACACCGCAUGCACCACUCGUCACAUCAACCUGAGUCACUGGAUUGGUUCAAUGUGCUCAUUGCACAGACAAUCGCUCAGUACAGGCAGACAGCCUAUUCUCUCAAGGACUCGCCGACUGCAUCGAUCCUCGGCUCCCUCACGGCCGCAAUGAACAAUCCGGAGAAGAAACCAUCCUUCAUCGACAAGAUAAACGUGACUGAUAUCUCGCUGGGAGAGGAGUUCCCUAUUUUCAGCAACUGCCGCAUCAUCGCUGUGGAUGACCCCAUGUCGGACGGCGGACGACUACAGGCCUUAUUAGACGUCGACCUCAGCGACGACAACCUCUCCAUUGCCGUCGAGACAUCAAUGGUCCUAAACUAUCCCAAACCACGCUCUGCCAUCCUGCCAGUAGCACUCUCAGUCUCAGUCGUGAGAUUUUCGGGAACACUCUGCAUCUCCCUGAUUCCGGCCUCAACGGAGCCACCGGAACCGCUCCAAACCCCUGCCGGGUCAUCAUCACCCCCACCGCCAGUAUCAGACUUCGGGAGCAACGCCGGAAAUCAACCCGCUAGUCCUGGGGGACGACCACUCUCGCAGGAUCAAACUCCACCGAAAAGCAGCCCAAAGAGCAACGUCGCAUUCUCCUUCCUGCCUGAUUACCGCCUAGACCUAUCCGUGCGCUCUCUCAUCGGGUCCCGCAGCCGACUGCAGGAUGUACCAAAGAUAGCACAGCUAGUCGAGGCGCGAGUCCACGCAUGGUUCGAAGAGCGCGUCGUCGAACCCCGGGUGCAAGUCGUUGGUCUUCCAGACCUGUGGCCCCGCAUGGGCCGAACGGGGGUCCGAACAGGCGAGGACUCAGAUGCCGGGUCGACUGCUCCACCGCGAAGCUCUGGCUCGACCGAGGCGUCUGCGCCGCGGUUCGACGAUCAUCCUCGGGAGCCGGAGGGGUUGCGGUUCCGUGGGGGCUUGGAUCCACGGUUAGGGCUUGGUGCCGGGUCGCGCAAUAGUAGUUUCAAUGUUGACAUGGGUGGCUUGCGUAGCUCGAGUAUGACGAGGCAGGACAGUGGUGCUACGAGUGAUCAUUUUGAGAUGCCUGGUGCCAUGCCGGCGCGCACGCCGUUGGGGACACCUGGUAUUUGA